AGAGACGCACGGGGAACGCGAAGCCGAAGCAGAUCAGACAGCAGGACGGUCGGUGAGCUGAGAGACAGACCGCACAAAGUAGUGGCGAUAAAACACACCUGACCCUUUGGUUUCUGCGGCGGCGUUUUCUCCUCUUGUGGACUAACGUUACGGGAAGUUUUAUUCAACAGCACAGACGCUUGGAGAGGGUCACAUAGGCUGUCCACCAUGUCGGGGAGCAGGGAGGAGGAGAGGAGGAAACUGGCCGACAUCAUCAACCACUGGAACGCCAACCGGCUCGACCUGUUCGAGAUCAGCCGACCGACAGAGGACUUGGAGUUCCAUGGCGUGAUGCGGUUCUACUUCCAGGACCGGGUCGCCGGUAACUUUGCCACCAAGUGCAUCAGAGUCUCCAGCACAGCGACAACGCAGGAUGUCAUUGAGACAUUAGCUGAGAAGUUCAGACCAGACAUGAGGAUGCUCUCCUCGCCAAAAUACUCCCUUUAUGAGGUCCAUGUCAGUGGCGAAGAGCGUCAGCUGGACUUGGACGAGAAGCCUCUUGUUGUUCAGCUGAACUGGAACAAAGACGACAGAGAAGGACGCUUCGUCCUAAAGAACGAAAAUGACAUUCUGCCCAAGAAGAGUCAGAGUAAUGGACCAGAGAAAGAGAAAGAUGGAGUGAUACAGAACUUCAAGAGGACUUUGUCCAAGAAGGAGAAGAAGAAGGAAAAGAAGAGGGAGAAGGAAUUUGCUCGGAUCCCUGAUGGAGACGAGCAGGCGCUCAGCCGGGAAGACGGGGAAAACAGUCGCCUGGCAGCAGAAGUUUACAAGGACAUGCCUGAGACCAGUUUUACCAGGACAAUCUCAAACCCAGAGGUGGUGAUGAAGAGGAGACGCCAGCAGAAAUUGGAGAAACGCAUGCAAGAGUUCAUGAGCAGUGAUGGGAGGCCAGACUCGGGGGGCACUUUGAGGAUAUACGCUGACAGUCUGAAGCCCAACAUCCCGUAUAAGACCAUUCUGCUCUCCACGAGAGACACAGCUGACUUUGCUGUGGUAGAGGCGCUGGAGAAGUAUGGACUAGAGAAGGAGAAUCCCAGGGAGUACUGCAUUGCUCGGCAAGAUGAUAAAUCAGGCAAAGAGGUGAUUCUGGAUGACACUGAGUGUCCACUGCAGAUCUUCAGGGACUGGCCUGCUGACAGAGGAGCAUUAGUGUUUCAGCUGAAGAAGAGACCUCCUGACUACCAGGGGAGGAAGGGAAGGAAAGUGGAAGACAAGGGCCUCCGAGGGAAGGACAGCUCACUGCCGCCCGAAAAACUGCCUUAUCUGGUUGAGCUGAGCCCAGGGCGAGGGAAUCACUAUGCCUACUACGCCUAUCGGCACCAUGAAGAUGGGUCUGACUCAAGGGACAAACCAAAGCUAUACCGGCUUCAGCACAGCAUCACUGAGGUCGGCUCGGACUGCACAGAGGACGGAGCCAUCCAGCUGCUCGGCCCGGGGAUUCUGCCCCACCACUGCAACCUCAUGCACAGUGAAGGUAUGGUGACUGUGACGCCGCACGGCCCCGACGCAGACACAUUUGUUGACGGGCAGCGUGUUACCGAGACAACGGUGCUGCGUUCAGGCUCCACCCUCCAGUUUGGUUCUGCUCACGUCUUUAAGUUUGUGGACCCGAUGUUCGACCAGGGAGGGAAGAGAGAACCAGCUGCCAUGAUGAGGAGCCGACACAAGUCUGGCAGUGUGCCAGAAACCACCUUCGACCUUCACGGAGACGUCCACAGUGGAGCUGCCCUGCCCACCAGCAAGAGCUCAGGAAAGCUGGAGAUGGAGAGAGGCAUGGUCAAACCCAUGAUCAGAGGAGAACAGCAGGACAGCAGGUCUCAGGACAUUUCAGCAGACAGAACGGAGUUGACUCUUCCAGCCAGCAUCGAGUUCAGAGACAAUUCUGAAGACACCUUCCUCUCCGCCAUCAUCAACUACACCAACAGCUCCACAGUUCACUUCAAACUCUCGCCCACUUAUGUCCUGUACAUGGCCUGCCGCUACGUCCUGUCGCCCUCUUACCGUCCUGAUAUGUCGCCGUCAGAGAGGACGCACAAAGUCAUCGCCAUCGUCAACAAGAUGGUGAGCAUGAUGGAAGGCGUCAUCCAGAUGGAGGUUCUGACCUCUCAUCCCCCAAAGAGACAUGAGCCCUGCAGUGAGAAUGGGAAUUCACAUUCAGAUGAUGGUGGUUCAGAACUCUCAUCCCUUGAGAUGAGAUGUGAGCCCUGCAGUGAGGACGGGAGUUCAGUUUUAGAUGAUCAGCGUCCAGGAACACAUCUGGUUAACAGAACCCCACAAAAGAAGAAGAGGAAGAAAAAGAGAGGAAAACAGACCAAGACUGUGGAAGCUACAGAUGGUGGCUCAGACCUCUCAUCAGAAUUGGAUGUUGUUGCAGUAGAUCAGAGUCCAGGAACAAGACAGAAACGCUCACAGAAGAAGAAGAAGAGAGGGAAACAGAAUAAGACUGUGGAAGAGGGUGUGCUGAAGAAACCUGUUUUAAAGUCUCAUUUUCCUCCAUGUUUCAGAGGCAGGCAGAGAGAACACAUUAGACUACAUUCACUGAGUUUUCCUGAGGCUGUAACACACUCAUUUAAGAGGUACCAUCCUCAUUUACAGUUUGUCCUUCCUGUUCAUCUCUCUUGUCAGCCAAUGAGGAAAGAGCCGGAGGUUGUCACGGUAACCCUGAAGAAGCACAACGGCAUGGGCCUCAGCAUCGUGGCUGCCAAGGGUGCUGGUCAGGAGAAACUGGGCAUCUACAUCAAGUCUGUUGUCAAAGGUGGAGCAGCUGACAUGGACGGACGUUUGGCAGCAGGUGACCAGUUGUUGAGUGUUGAUGGGCGCAGUCUGGUCGGCCUAUCGCAAGAGAGGGCGGCAGAGCUGAUGACGAGGACGGGCUCAGUUGUGACUCUGGAAGUUGCCAAGCAGGGAGCCAUUUAUCACGGACUGGCAACCCUCCUCAACCAGCCGAGCCCCAUGAUGCCAAGAGCGUCAGACCGAGGCCGUGAAAAGAACGGGAAAAUGCGACCAAAGAGCGAAGGCUUCGAGUUAUACAACAGCUCGGUGCAGAACGGCUCUCCUGAGAGCCCACAGUCUGGCUGGGACUCUUACCCCGAACCAAAGAAGAUGAGUGGCGAAGACCGACUACUGAAGAACCGAGCUGACCACCGCUCCAGCCCCAACGUAGCCAAUCAAGGCCAGAGUCCUGCAAGCAAAUCGGUGUAUCCUGGAGGACCUGGCACUAAGAUCACUUCAGUCUCCACUGGGAACCUGUGUGCAGACGAUGAGCCUUCCCCUCCCCGUCCAGAGGCCUACCCCAUCCCCACCCAGACCUACCCCAGGGAGUACUUCACCAUCCCCGCAUCCAAGAGCCAGGAUCGAGUAGUGGGUCCAGGACAGGGGCCUGCACAGCACUGGCAGGGCAUGGAGGACAGAGAACGCCUCCCUGUGGUUGAUAACAUCCACAACAACAGCAUGCAGCGGAUUAACCACUCCCAGGAGGAGUUGUACCCUCCACCAGGAGCUCUAAGGCCGGAUGACCGCAUGCAGCCACACUACCAGCAGGACUACCAGCACCGGGAUCUGGACUACCAACACAGAGACCUUGACUACCAGCGAGGUCCACCAGGAGGAGGACCUGACCACUGGGCCCCACAGCCACAGGUUUCCUCUUCACUGGAGUCAUCGACAUCCAGCCAGGAGCACCUCAACUUCUCAGCCUCGUCCUCUUCUUCCAACAAGACCCAGAACCAGAAGACCGGCCCGGGCCGAUGGAAGACGCCCAACACCCCUCACGCUGUGCUGCCACAUUCGGCACAGGCGCCAUCCCGCUCCGACCUGCCCCCUCCUCCACCCCCACCUCCAGCCCCUUACCCUGACGCCUAUGACCCCUAUGACUCUCAGCCUGAACUGCCGCUCCCACCACCUCCCACCGCUGUCACCCCCAUAACCGCACAGCAGGCUGCUGACCGCAAGAAGCGAGAGGAGCAGCAGCGCUGGUAUGAGAAGGAGAAAGCUCGGCUAGAGGAGGAGAGGGAGAGGAAGAGGAGGGAGCAGGAGAGGAAGUUGGGUCAGAUCCGGGCCAACCCUGUCAUGCCCGUCCAACCUCACAACAACGGAGGAGCCAUGCCUCCUCCUCACCACCAGCCCCCUAUGGCCUCUGUAGCCCCUCCCCAGCCCUACCUCCCCCCACAGCCCCAGCCACCCCCAUCCAGACCAGAGAAGCUGGCCAGCCUCCCGCGGUCAGCUGUACCUCCCCCAGCCAGUGCCUCCCACCCUGCCGGCAUGGACACGGUCAUCAGGGAACUGCUUCCGCAACAGCAGCCACGGACCAUUGAGAGGCGAGACCUGCAGUACAUCACCAUCAGUAAAGAGGAGCUAACGUCCAGCGACAGUCUGUCUCCAGACCCCUGGAAGAGAGACGCCCGUGAGAAAGCCGAGAAGCAGCAGCAGCUUCACAUCGUGGAUCUGCUAGACAAGGAGAUCCAGGAGUUGCAGGCAAAGCCAGAGCGAACGGCAGAGGAGAGCGACCGCCUCAGGAAGCUGAUGCUGGAGUGGCAGUUCCAGAAACGACUGCAAGAGUCCAAGCAGAGCGACGACGAUGAGGAGGAAGAGGAUGAUGAAGAUGUGGACACUAUGAUGAUCAUGCAGAGGCUGGAAGCCGAGAAGAGAGCCAGGCAGACUGCUGUCCCAGCUAUCUCUGUUCUAGACUUGUUGCAGGAUGAAGAGCGACGGCGUAAGCAGCAGCUGGAGGAGAUUCGUAAGCGGGAGGCAGAGGAGCGAGCAAAGCAAGAGGAGGAGAGGAGGUGGAGGGAGGAGGAGAGAGCAAAACGAGAGGCCGAGGAGAAGAGGAGACAGGAGGAGGAGUACUACACUCGCCUGGAGGCCGAGCGGCGCCGGCAGCACGAGGAGGCCGAGAGAAAGCUGCUGACGCCUGACGAGCCGGCCGGUCUGUAUCGGCCCCCACUGCCCCGGGAUUACCAACCCCCCGUCCCCCACAACCCUACUAACACCCCCCCGCCCCCCCCUCAGAGAAACACCUCCUACCUCAAAACCCAGGUCGUCUCCCCCGACACGCUCUACACCGCCAAGUUUGUCUCCUACGCGGGCGAUGAGGAAGACGAGGAGGAAGGGACGGAAGCCACCAAAGCAGGAAGUGGCGGCGGCCAAUCAGGUCAGGUGAAGCUGUCGGCGACCCGGAAGUCGUACGGCGACCUCCCGGCCUCCGCCUCACCCAAUCACAGCAAGCCUCAGCCGCCGCCCACUGCGCGCAAGCCCCGCCCUCUUUCUGAUGGCAUCUUCCUGUCUGGCUCAUUCCAGCCGCCAGUCAACAACUCCAACAGUACAGGCCCCCCCCUUCCUGCCAAACCCAGCUCCAUCCCCCCCGGAGGCUUUAAAGGAUUUAACUCGUACACUGGAAACUCAGCAGGAGUUGUAGGAUCAGGAGAAGUCUACAAGGACCCGCGAGACAAAUGGACGAAGAGUCAGGAGCAGGAGAACUCGAUCCCCAGCGGUGCUCCGGAGAGUCUGACCUUCAAGGAGCGCCAGCGUCUCUUCUCUCAGGGGAAGGAGGUUUCCAACAAGGUCAAAGCUUCUCGCAAACUCAUGGAGCUGGAGAACGAGCUCAACACCAAGCAGUAGACCCGAGCCUUUAAGCUCCCAGCACCACCUUAACACCAACAUCACCACGGUAAUGUUAAGGUGCUCCUGGGAAAAUCCGGGUCGAGAGAGCCGGCGCUUGCUUCCUUACACUGACCGUGUCAUUUCGCCCCCCUUUCUUUAUUUUAAUCAUCAAAUAACUGGACUGUUCACUUUUUUUGACGUAGCAAUAUUGUUGCAACAGGAGAUACAUUUAUGGCUUAAAAAAAUUUCUUCCCCUUGUUAAAGUCUGUCAAAGAUAUAUAAUGAUAAAGCACUGUAAAAAAGUUUUAAUUAUAUGUAGUGAGAAUUUGAGAAUCACACGACGAAGGGGGAUAUAUUUUUGUUUGUAAAAUGGUUCUUGGGGUGAGGGAUGGAGAAUGGUUUAUUCUCAUUUUAAUCUUUUUUAAAUAGCUUACCGAAAUAUGAGCAAUUUUAUGGUGUUAUUUUAUGCUUUUUUUUCUGCAUCAUGUUGUUUUCACACUUUUAAUUCCUUCUUGCCAGCAGAAAAUGCCCAAUGUUGAGCUCCAGACCAACCUUUUAUUUUUCUGUUUUUUUUUUUUUUUUUUUUUUAUUAUUUACUUCUCAGUGAGUGGAAACACUGUUAUUCAUUCCGUAGCAAGGAAGCAUGGGAUUUUUUUUUUCUAUAAUGUUUUAGAUAAACUGAAAGAUUCUCCAGAGAAGGAUCUUUAAGUGCACAACAUUACUGUAAAUAUUUGGGUCCACAACUGUCUCACUCUUUUACUACUGUAGAAACCUUCCAGGAAACUAAAAAAAAAAAAACACCUGCAAAACUAAUGUGAUUUAACAACAUUUUGGUGAGAGGAAAUCCAACAACCCCACUGCUUCUUGCUGUCAGUGGAGUUACAUUAAAUGUCUCUCUCCCCCAACUUGAGGUAAUAUUAAUUUUCUUUUCUUUUAGAUGAAAUAGUCAUUUUUUGCAGAGUUGUGUGAGGUUAAUUUGACUGAGUGUAGCCGAAAUUCAAGCCAGAAAAAGGAACUCUUUCACUCACAAUGUGAUUAAUGUUGGUUUUCACUCUAAUGAUAAUAAAAAAAGAAAUUACAACUACUCAUUAAGUGCUUCUUUGCUUUACAGAUAUUUAUUUCAAUCCUUGUGGAAAAAACAUACUUGCACAAAAAGUUGUUUUUACUAUUAAUAUGUAUCUGCAAACUGUUUGGAGAAGUGAAUUACAUUUGGGACCUCUCGUACUGUGGUAAUAAUCUGUGUUUUUCUGCAUUAGAGACAGAAAAAAUGUUCCGUUUUUACACCAGCUGUAGUCGGAGGGAUUCAGAUAUUUUGACAGAAUUGUGAGUGUACAAAUAUAUAUACACACAAUUUCCAUAAUCUCACUCACCACCACUGCUGAUCUACUGAUGUAAAAGAAAAAGAACAAAAACAGGAACGCACUCCAGACCCCCCAGUGUGUCCCCGAGUUUUAGAAGAAAUCUGAAAAUAGUGCCGUUUCAAAUGUAUCUCUCUUCUGCAGUUUGUUUGAGUGACUCCAUCCUGUGUGUGGACUUUUUUUCUCUCCAGGAGCCUCCAGUAAACUACAUGGCGAGAUAAGACACUGUUAUAAUAACUGACCUGUAAAAACACUACAAGAUGUGUCUCCUCCUUCCCCCACAACAACUCCUUUUUAGGUUUCAAAGUGAACUGAAUCAUUUAAAUGGUUUCAUGUUUAGCCUUUUGUAAAUCAUUAAUAAAUACAGAUUUUUCAACAGUG